CUCCCCCAGGCUGAGGAGGGGGAGAUUAACCUGACUGUGAGAGUUGUACUUUAAAACAGCACAGCAGGCAGAGCACUCACUAGCACCCAACUGGGAAAGCAGAACACACUUGCUAUACUUAAAGAAGACACAAUUGCAACACAGGACACUGCUUGGUGGAUCUUUGAGGACCUACCUGGGAUUUUUAAGUGGUCUACUAACAAAGAAGAAUAUUUGAAUACAUUGUAGCAAAGUAAACCACAAUCCUCUAAUAGAGUGUGUGAAGAAAGCAGCAGAGCAUUGGCCUGGGCAAGAUGGACACUGGCCCAGAGUUGGCACUGGCAGGCGAAUGCCCUCCAGAAGGUGAGAUGGUAUGUGCUGCUCUUGCACGUUACGAGACCACACUGCAGGAUGCUGUACGUGAGAUCCACGUGGAUGUCAGUGCUUUUAAGCUGGGUGUAGAGCGGCGCCUGGAUGAAGCAUUACACAUGAGUGGCCCGCUUGGCAGAGCUGUAGCUCAGUUGCAGCAAGAGAACCGACAGCUCCGUAGCCAGCUAGAGGCCCUUACACGGCAGGUGGAGAUGCUGACAGGCACAGUGUGCGACAGGAGUGCUCUGCUGGGUUCAGGGCCGAUGCCAGCCCUCCCCCAAAGUAGCACACCAUUAACCCAGUCACCCCUUUCACCCAGCAGUGCGACCACCCCUAGUGGCUCGGCGUCCAGCCCCACUGCCACACGCUUUUCCAGCCGAGCUACCUUCUCUGUCAGCAGCAAGACAAACAGUAUUGAGAGAGAAGAGCCCAUUGAGGUGGAUCCAGCUCCAGCCCCCUCUAAAUUGGAGAAUGGACACACAUCCAUAGCAGAAAACACCACUGUGCCUGCAAGGCAGAGUUCUCCACCCAUUGGUGUGUCACGACAAAACUCUUCUUCUGCAUUUAUGGCAAUGCCACACUUGCCAAUUACUGCCACUACCAAGAUUGCCGAGUCCUCUGGCCUGAAAGGCCCUGAAUCACCAAGCAGCCCAAUGCAGACAUUGCCAACUGUAACAGAUCCACAGCCCAACAGUCAACCAGUUCCUAAUAGCGAGCCACAACUUGAAUCUCCAAUUCAUCCAGUGUCUUCUGUGAAAACAUGGACUCCGAGUCCAGUGAGGACAAUGGGCUAUUCAAGUAUCAAUGAAAGAACGUCUUCUUCUGUGCCAUCUAAAUCCGUGGCUUAUUCGAGUUACUCUGCGCUCAAUCAGCACAACACAGAAAGGAAUGCAGAUAUUGCAGGAGAGCUGUCCUUUGGCAGGGGUUUGGAGCGCAAACGUGAGCUCGUGAGGUCACAAACUCUCCCCCGCAGCAUUGGUGCCCAGGCACGCAGGUCCAUUUUUGAACGACUGGAUUCUGAGAAUAGCAGUCAACCCAAACCUGUGGACUCUAAACCCAAAUUGAAGCGCUCUCAGAGCUUUGGUGUGUCCAGUGCAAGCAGCAUCAAACAGAUUCUAUUAGAGUGGUGUCGCUCUAAAACUAUUGGAUAUCAAAACAUCGACAUCCAGAACUUUUCAUCAAGUUGGAGUGAUGGCAUGGCUUUCUGUGCUUUAGUCCACUCAUUUUUCCCCACCGAGUUCGAUUACAACGCCCUGUCCCCUGCCGAACGCAAACACAACUUCGAAGUGGCCUUCAGCACUGCAGAGAAGAAGGCUGGUUGUGACAGACUCAUUGAGGUGGAGGACAUGAUGAUAAUGGGAAGAAAACCAGACCCCAUGUGUGUUUUCACCUACGUCCAGUCUCUCUAUAACCACCUGCGCAAGUUUGAGUGAGCCAUAUUAAAAGUGCGAGACUUUUUUUUUUUUUUUUUUUGCCUGUUCAGAAACUGCCAGAAGUGCUACACUGCCCCCUGUUGGACUGGAUGUGACUUUACUUUAGCAUAUGAUGACAGGGAGAGGUGAAAGAUGAGGAGGAACACCUGUGUGAUUUGCUUAUGCUUUUACCAGGAAAGGCCCAGAGAGCCUAUUUAUUAUUAUUUUUUUAAAUAUAAAUAUUAGUGAUCAGUACCGGGGAAUUUGAUGGAGGUUUUAUGCCUCAAUGUAUUUUUUUUUUUUUUUACAAAAGGCAAAGAAUUUGAAGGAAUUAAACUUUACCUGUUACAAUGCUAGACUGCAAAGACACAAAGGUUUUGCCAAACUCAGAGAUAGACCUGUACAGAAAAGCUUAAAAUUUAGACCACUUUUUUUUAUUUGCUUUUUAUUUAUCCUGUUAUAAAAGUGUGGUUUCAAGUAUAAGUUUAUCCAUUUGUAUGUCACAAAACUUCACAACUCUUGCCAAAAUAUUUACACCAUGAACAGUUAUUGUGUGUUUGCAUCCGAAACAAACGCCACCUGGUAAUUUGAAAUGCUGUAAAUUUUGGGAUAAAAAAAAGGAGUGGAUAUGGCUCAGUAUCUAUUACAAUUUUCAUCUUUUCAGCACGUUUGUUUCUACUUAAGCACAGGGUGCAAAUGUUGAAUUUUGUGGAAUUUGACUCAUAUUAAAGGAUGAACACAAUGAGUUUUUAUAUUAUAACUGUAUGACCACGCAAACUACACUGAAAUGCUGUCAGCUGUUGAAUUUCUUAUGUUGGAGACACGGAAAUAAAUAUACAAACAAAUAUGAGA